AUGAAUGCCUUCCAAAAUGUACAGGUGAUUCUCACCAAAAGUGUGGCAGUAUCCCUGCUUCUUCUGUUUACUUACGUAUCUCUGCGCUCCGUUUACAAUGUCUGUUUCCACCCCCUCCGACGUGUGCCAGGCCCUUUCUUGGCCAAGAUUUCUCGACUAUGGCUUUUCUACCACGACUAUCAUGGAAACCCCCACAACCACAUUCGGGAACUGCAUCGGAAACUAGGCCCGCUCGUUCGCAUAUCGCCGAACGAGGUAUCAGUCGACAAUGUUGAUGCCAACAAUACCAUAUACGCUCAGAAUAAUCCAUGGGUCAAGCCGGCGUACCAUUACAAGGCAUUCCAAAGCUCUACAGCAUACAGCAUUUUCACCGAGCUGGAUCCUCAGACGCACGCUGCACACUCUCGUCUCUUGGCACCCGCCUUUUCACAGACAAGAGUCAGUGCGACGGAUGCGCAGCGGCUCUUGUGGGACAAAUGCAAAGCCAUGGUGGAAGGCAUGGACGAUAGGCUGGGAGCGGAGAAGCACGAGGAUGGAUCCUCCAAUACCAUCACCAUGAGUCUCAGCAGGUGUUUCCGCAGCUUUGCUCUGGAUGUAGUCACAACUUGGACAUUUGGGCACUGUGCUGAGAGCCUACCCACCUUCCACUCGGAACUAUUCGAGAUCCUUGAUGUAGCAGCCGAGAGUGUGAUAUAUUUCCAGCACAUGCCUUUCUUACGAGCCUUGAUUCCCUACAUUGCACCGCUGGUGCCAUCGCUUGUCCCAAACAAGAUCCUAGGACAGUACGCCAAGAAAGCCUUGGAAUCAAACAGGGCGGCUCUGAAAGGCCUCCGUGAGAUCGUACCUUGUGUAUUCUCGAAUCUUGUCUCCUCUCAGUGGCAGGAAAAACGCGGUUAUAGCCCAUCGGAUGGGCAAAUUAUUUCAGACGGGAUUGUAAUUUUGGCAGCCGGAGCCGAUACGACAGCGGCCGCUUUAUCAAUUGGCAUUCAUUGGCUAGCAAGAAAUCCAGACCUGUGGCAACAGCUGCAAGAUGAAUUACGGCCAGUCAUGAAUAGCUUUGAAAAGCCUCCUCGCAUCGAAGCACUUGCUGCACUACCUCUUCUCAACGCUGUUCUCAAAGAAGGGUUGCGGGUGUCCUGCCCUAUUCGCGGCCAUAUGCCCCGAGUUGUCCCUACAGAGGGUUGGAACUACAAAGGAAUACACUUUCCUCCCGGGACGGUUGUGGCCACUUCGGCCUUCUACGGUUGUUACAACGAGACAGUUUUCCCCGACCCGGGGUGUUAUGACCCCAUGCGGUGGUUACCGCCAAAACACUCGAGCAAGAUGGAGGCCCAUCUUCAACCAUUCUCGAGAGGCACCAGACAGUGCAUUGGACAAAAUCUCACUCUGGCUAUGCAACGAGUGGUCAUUGCGAGUAUUGUCUACUAUUUUCAACCGGUUGCAGUCGACAAUACAACCAUCAAAACCAGAGAGUUUGUGACAUUGCUGGUAGAUUCUCCUCUUGAAGUGACGUUGAUCACUGCCAAUCGUCUAGACUAG